AUGGUUUCUGCGUUUAAGGUCCCUAAUCAUGCAUGGUCCAUGAUUGAAGGUGAAGCUAACAAAUCAGGUAGAGGACCUAGUGUCUGGGACGCAUUUACCCAUAAGAUUCCAGAGAGGAUAUUAGAUCACAACAAUGGAGAUAUAGCAGUUGAUUUCUAUCAUUGCUUCCAAGUGGAAGGAGAUGUGAAGGAAACAACUUUCUUAUCUGCAAUAUUUAGCAAACAAAACAACAAACAUUUAGUAUUAGAAAAUUCUAACAAAUACAAUAACAAUAUAUUGUCUUCUGGUUUAAAACAUUUUGUUAUGAUAUUUCAUUGGGAUACUCCUCAAGCCCUAGAGGACAAGUAUGGUGGCAUUUUAAACUCUAAUAUUGUGAAUGACUAUCGUGAUUAUGCGGAUCUUCUUUUUGAAACAUUUGGUGACCAAGUGCAAUAUUGGAUGACUUUCAAUGAGCCAUGGGCUCUUAGUGAAUUUGCCUAUGAUGAUGGACUUAUUGCCCCUGCUGUCCAAGAAAGGCAAAGUGGCCAGAUCGGGAUAGCACUUGUUUCCCUUUGGUUUGAACCUCUCUCUAAUAGGACAAUUGAUAUUGAAGCAUCCAAAACAACUCUUAAUUUCAUGUUUGGAUUGUGGAUGAAUCCUCUAUUCUAUGGUCGAUACCCAGGAAGAGUUCGAGAUUUAGUUGGAAAUAAAUUGCUCACAUUUACUGAUGAAGAAACUAACUUGCUUUGA